AUGGUCAAAAUACCUUACAGGAUGAUGUUGGAUGUUCUUUUAGAGACUCUGGGCCUUCCACCAGCUGAGUACCGAACCAGAGUAUAUGAUGGCAGCAGGGUGUGUGUGACAGUAUUGUUCCAUACACCCACAUCAUAUGUUGGGAAUGAUAGGAAUCGAAUGGCUAUUCCUAGGGUACAAUCUGUUGAUCAUUCUAUAUCAGAAGACAGUGCUGCUAUGGAAGCAAUUGGGUACAUUAAAUGCACAGUGAAGACAGAGAUAAGAGACUAUAAUUACAGCACCAUGAAGAAACUCGAGGAGGAAAAUCGGUCUCUAAAACAUGAGCUUAAUAUGGCUAGGUACAACAAGAAGAAAAUGAAGACAAAAAUCAGAUCCAUCAAGAACAAGCUAAUGAUUGCUACAUAUGAGAAGAAGCAAAACGCUAUGGGCUGGUUCGUCUUAACAAGGUACAUGCAUGGAUUAUCUGAUCAUAUAUCCAACGUAACGGCGUUGAAUAUGUCACCUGGGGAAGGACCUGUAGAUAAGAUUAUCAAUGACCCUCUUAUCAACAUAGAGAAGGUGGCAAGCUAG